UGCUUUAGACAUUCCUCAUACUUGCAACACAUUUUGCACCAGACUUUAGCUCCCAUGCCCAUGGCAACAACACAGGAGUUCCUUUCACCAGAAAUUUUUGACCGGGGCAUCAAGCAGUCCGGUCCGGACGCCGGCUCCCCAAGUUUCUCAGUGCGGGUCCAUCGUGGAUUGCCCGAUUUUCUUAGUUCUGUCAACUUAAAGCACGUGAAGCUUGGCUACGGCUAUCUCAUUAACCAUGGCAUGUAUCUCACGGGCGUCUCGAUUCUCCUCGUGGCCUUUGGUACACAAAUUGGAAAGCUGACAUGGGAUGUUUGUUCCUUCAAGAAUUACAACUCAAUGAACAUGAUUCCUUUGUUGGGAUUCCUGUGCUUGCUUGUGUAUGUUUGUCUUGAUCUCACUCCUCGUUCUACUUAUUUGGUUGACUUUGCAUGCUACCUUCCACCAAAUGAAUUUAAGAUAACGAAAGAAGAAUACAUAGAGCUAGCCAAAAAAUCAGGCCAAUUCAAUGACACAUCAAUCAAAUUUCAAUGGAGAGUGCUCAAGAAUUCCGGCCUAGGCGACGAAACCUACCUGCCCCGAGUAGUCUUCCAGCCCGGUUACAAAAGAAACCUGAAGCAGGGCAGGGAAGAGGCGGCGGCGGCGAUGUUCGAGGUGGUGGACGAGCUCCUCGCCGCAACCGACAUCCGCUCUAAAGAUAUAAGGAUCCUCGUUGUCAACUGUGGAGUCCUCAACACUACCCCGUCUCUCUCCGCCAUGCUGGUCAACCGCUACAAGCUCAGCCACAGAAUCCAGAGCUUCAAUCUCGGCGGCAUGGGUUGCGCCGCUGGCAUAAACGCCGUCGAUCUCGCCGACGACCUCUUGAACGCCUACCCGGGCUCGUACGCCUUGAUAGUAAGCACCGAAGUUAUCGGUUCCACUUGGUAUGGUGGGAAUGAGCUGGAUAUGUUGCUCCCGAAUUGCUUCCUCCGCAUGGGGGCCGCCGCCGUGUUGCUCUCGAAUCGCCGUCGGGAUCGCUGGCGCUCCAAGUAUGAGUUGAAACAGUUGGUAAGAACUCACAAAGCAAUGGAUGAAAGAAGCUUCAAGAGCAUACAACUCAAGGAAGACUCGGAAGGAAAGGAGGGCCUGUCAGUGAGCAAAGAUGUGAUAGAACAAGGGGGGAAUGCCCUUAAGGCCAACAUCACCACACUAGGCCCUCUAGUGCUGCCGGUUUCCGAGCAAUUCUACUUCUUCAAGUCACUACUUUUCAAGAAAACCAGCACCGACAAACCCUACAUUCCCGACUACAAGCUAGCGUUCGAGCACGCCUGCAUACUGGCGACGAGCAAGAAACUGCUGGACGAAAUACAGAACAACUUGGAGCUGACGGACGAGUACAUGGAAGCAUCGAGGAAGACGUUGGAACGAUUCGGCAACACCUCAAGCAGUAGCAUUUGGUAUGAACUGGCUUAUUUGGAAGCCAAAAACAAGAUCAAGAAUGGAGAUAGGGUUUGGCAACUGGCGCUUGGGUCUGGAUUGAAGUGUAAUAGUGUGGUGUGGAAGGCUGUUCGAACUGUUAGGCAAAUGAAAAGGAAGCCGUGGGAUGAGAACUAAAUACAUCAACUUGUGAGGGGAUCUGGAGUUUGAAUUAUCUUGCUUUGAUCUCUAAUGGCGGUGCUUUAAAUGAUGGUGAAGAAGAAGGGGAGAGAUAUGAGCCAAAACCACAUUAGGAGUUGUUAAAUCGACUUCCGUGGUGGCUUUGAAAUUUAAUCACAUCAGUUGUGACAAUAGAAAAGGAAAACAAAGAGGAGCAGGCGUG